UACGGUCAGCCUGUUGGAGUCACUGGGUCAGCAGCCGACAGCCGUCAACUAAGUCCGGUUACGAGUUUCCACCACUUUCCAAGCAGUCAACAUAACUCGAAGUUCAAAAUUCAAAUCAAUAUGUUUCCCAGCAGCUCUUCUGAGGUUAAAAGAUCAGAUAGAGUUGUAAGAUUUCAGGCCGCGGUGGCUGGCAGUCCAAAUGCGCCAGUUGAAGACCCUACACCAGACUAUAUGAACAUGCUGGGCAUGAUUUUCAGCAUGUGUGGUCUCAUGAUGCGGUUAAAAUGGUGUGCUUGGGUGGCCAUUUAUUGCUCCUGCGUCAGUUUUGCCAACUGCCGCGUCACUGACGACACAAAGCAAAUGCUGAGCAGCUUCAUGCUGUCCAUUUCUGCGGUGGUGAUGUCAUACCUGCAGAACCCUCAACCCAUGAUCCCGCCGUGGUCCAAUUUGUAGCCACCGCCCUGAUGGAGACUCAUCCUCGCUGCCAGAGCUUUGCGGUGCAAGCAGCAGCCCGGUUACUUGAAUUAAUUCUUAGCUGAAUUACAAGUUGAAGUGAUGAACGUGAAAUGUUUAAAGAAUAUGGUGAACAAAAUCUGCGUCCAAUUUAUUAAUCAAUUUUAUUUAAACAUUCAGUUGACAUGUAAAAACAGACAUCGAGUUCGUCUAAUUGCUGUACAUAUUUACAUACAUGGUUCACAUUAGUCGGGCCUUUACACGAGUUACAUGUAAUGGAAACCAUUCCUCGAAUCAAGAUUCCUUUCUCGAGAUUCAAGUUUGUAUCGCCAAGUAGAUAUCCGUACUCUAUUAUUCAUGCAAUCGUGUAUUCAAUUAUAGCUCGAUAAAGGUAAGCAGAAGUCCCCGUUAACAUCAAUUACUUUGAAAUAAAUAAUGGAAAUAC